AUGCGUAAAUCAAAUGUCAUAAAGAAGUUGGGAGCAGGGCGAGGGAUACACAGGUUAAUCUUCAUACUUUGUAUUCUUGCUCUUCUAAUAUGUGUGACUACUUUUUCCAAAAUUUAUUCUUUCAAAUCUUUUCGAGCUUCAAAUUCCUUCUGCAACUGUAACAGUCUCACCAGCUCUUGUACCAAUAAUCACCACGUCGAGUUAACUCUGGAUACCGUAAUCCAGAAAAUCCAACAUGAAAUUGACAUUUUACGACAGCUUCCAAAUGAAAAAGUUUUCGGAAAACAGGCUAUUUUUCUAGCAGAUAUUUUAAACCUAGUAGAGUCGGUACAAGUGUCACUAGUGCAAAAUAGUGAGCCUAGAGCAGUGUUGCAUUCUUUAUCAAGACAAACAGAACAGGUCAAUGGGCCUGCGGAAUAUUUCAUAACUGAAGAAAUCCGAAAGUACGUGAGGAUUAAACCAAACAGGUUGAAGAAACAGAACUUUAUGGGGGCUAAUGGUACAUUCACUAGUAUUGGUCAUGCUUGUUUCUCCAUGAAAUUAGAGCUUGAAGAGUUCAUGGAUUAUGACGUUGGCGAAAUGUGUAAUGAUGAUUGGAGAUUAGCACAGAAACUUAUGGUUCAUGGAUGUGAUCCUCUACCAAGAAGAAGGUGUUUUGCUAGAGCCCCUCAAUUGUACAAUAAGCCGUACCCUAUAAAUGAAUCAGUUUGGAAGUUACCUGAUGACAAAAAUGUUCGAUGGAGUCAAUACAGAUGCAAGAAUUUCACUUGUUUGGCUAGAAAUUCAACUGCCAAAGGUUUCUUCAAAUGCGCGGAUUGUUUCAAUCUUACACAUCAUGAAUCUCCUCGAUGGAUUGUUCAUUCGUAUCAAGACUCAAACUCAAAAAUGACAGCUGAUAUAUUGAUAACAGAAGUACUUAGUUUGAAGCCUGGAGAGAUCAGAAUUGGCCUGGAUUUCAGCGUUGGCACGGGUACAUUUGCUGCAAGAAUGAGAGAACAUAAUGUGACUAUAGUUUCUGCAACAAUAAAUCUAGGUGCACCAUUCAGCGAAAUGAUUGCUCUUCGAGGGCUAAUCCCUCUUUACAUGACGAUAAAUCAGAGGUUACCUUUCUUCGAUAACACUCUAGAUUUGAUUCACACUACGAGGUUUCUUGAUGGAUGGAUUGAUUUUGUGCUGCUGGAUUUCGUGUUGUAUGACUUUGAUAGAGUCUUGAGGCCUGGUGGACUUUUAUGGAUCGAUAGUUUUUUCUGUUUGAAGGAAGAGUUGAAUGAUUAUUUAGAGGCAUUCAAGAUUCUCAGGUAUAAACAACACAAGUGGCUUGUUGUUCCUAAGAUAGAUAAAGAUGACAGUGAAGUGUUCUUCUCUGCAGUCCUAGAAAAACCACCUAGACCUUUCCGAUGAACAAUGGCUAUUUCAUACAAUAAUGUUGGUACUGAUUUUGUUGGUCGAUUUAUACAUUUUGAUCCAAUAAUAUUAGAUAGGAUACAAUGUGAGUUUUACUGUAAAAUUGUCAGUACAUUGCAAUGUCACCAAUAAUUGUUGUACUAAUAUAACCGAGAUUUCUUUGUU